AUGAAUGCAAGUAACAACAACUUAAAUUAAGAUCCUUAUUUCUAAGAUGACCUGCCUAAAUUUGGAUAUCAAUCUCCUAGAUAAAAUAAUAAUUAGUUCUAGAGCAAUUUUAACAAUUUGCCUGUGCGUGAUGAUGAUCUAGAUUCGCCAGGAAGAAUGCUUCAAUAAAAAUAAGUAGCCUUUGAAGGAGGAUAGUAAUAGCAUCCUACAUAUUUGAAUGAGUUAAAUGAUGACCAAAGAGAUCUAGACUUCAUCAAAUUUAAAUAGUAAUAGCGAGAAUUCUUAGAAAAUAAGUUGAAGAUUUAAACCAAAAUAGAGGGACUCUAAAGAGAAUACAAUUUUUAUUCAAAAUUAGACAAAGAUGAUAUGAAUUACAUUCUUUAAGCUAGAAGAGAAAAAGCUGCAAUAUUGAUCUAGAGAGCUUAUCGUAAAAUACAAAAAAGCAAAAAAGAAAUAUUGGUCGAAGAAAUGAGAAAGGCUGGUGCUUUUCUUGACUAAUUGACUGAGGAAGAUAUUAAAACGAUUGAGCAACGUAAAAAAGAACUUAAAAACCAUAGAGAGAGGCAUUAAGCUAGAAGACCAGAUACUUUUUAUUCAACAAUUGAUAAAGAGCGUAGAUCAGAGCUAGCGGAAAAGGUCCUUGCUAAAAAGCGUUUAUAUAUUCAUAGUGACAUCCAAAAAAGAGACCAUAUAGAAAUAGAUGAUAUAUUUUCAGAUUAAUAUGGAGAAUUUCUCUAGAAUUAUAGAAAGGUCGAAGAAAACAGGUUAAAAGCAAUAGAAAAUUUGAGAGAGAUAGAAGUAAUGAGUGAGUAUCUUGUAAAAAAAGACCAUGAUUAGCUUGAUAUAAAAAAUAUAGUAGUAUGGAGUCAACUAGAACAAAAUUUCACCCCUUAAGAUGAAAUUAGAAUCAGAAAGGAGCAUCUAGCUAGACUUGAAAGAUAUAGAAAGAGAAAAGAAUGGGAAGCCUGGAUAGAAGAUGAGGAUGACCUUGAUAUCGAGGGAGAGAGAAUUCUGGCUGAAAUAAAGAACUAUUAGGCCGAGCACUUUUAUAAUAUAGGUUUUUCUUGA